AUGACAUGGAUGAAUUUGGAAGAAUUAUCAUUGAGUGAUGAUAAGAGAUUGAGUUUCGACAUUGAGGAAGAAGAGAGUUCCGAACAUGAUCCCCACCUAUGUUUGGUUGGACGUUUUCUCGUUAACCGUCCUAUUCGACUUAAGGAGAUGAAGAUACGAAUGUAUGAGGUGUGGCGACCGGUGAAGGGGGUGGCGGUGAAGGAAGCGCAACCAAGAUUGUUCUUGUUUCAAUUCUUUCACAAAUUGGAUAUGGAGGAGAUACUAAAUGGCGGUCCGUGGACAUAUGACAGUCACUCUUUGGUUUUGGAAAAGUUGCGAAUAGGGGUGCCGUUGAAGGAUAUACAGUUGAACUACAUGAAUCUUUGA